CUGAAUUGCUGGGGUGCAGGUAAAUAUUCAUUCCCACUCCGGCGAAGUGUGUUGUUUGGGAGAGGAGCACAAGGCGUUGGGAGGAACGGAGGAGUUCAGGACAGUUGUUUGGCACAUAAGUCUCGGACAGAAAGUUGGGUUUUUUUUUUCCGUUCCGUGCGGCCGGUAUGUCGGAUGAGGAUUCGAGGGCCAGUACUAGCUCAUCGUCGUCAUCUUCCUCGUCCUCCGCUCAACAUCAGAAGGAGAAAGAAACAACCAGCAAGAAGAAGGAGAGCAAAGCCAGUAUGAGCAAAACCUCCAAACUGCUUUCUACGAGCGCAAAGAGAAUCCAGAAGGAGCUGGCAGAUAUCACUCUGGACCCUCCUCCGAACUGCAGUGCUGGGCCUAAAGGAGAUAACAUCUACGAAUGGAGGUCGACAAUCCUGGGUCCACCUGGCUCAGUCUACGAGGGAGGAGUAUUUUUCCUAGAUAUCGCAUUUACACCGGACUACCCUUUCAAACCUCCCAAGGUAAAAAAUCUAGUUUUACAGACCUUGCGCAAAUAACUUUGUGAUGUGUUG